CAACGACGGCAGGACGGCGGCUGGGAGUCGCAGCCGGGGAUUGUAAAUAAGACCGCUCAAACUGUGUUUUAUUUACAAAAGUAAUGCCGGCUGUUUUAAGAGACCGUUCCCAGUUGUUUUAAGUUAUUUUUUUGUAAUUUUUUUGGCUCUAUUUCUCGCCUAUUUCCGUGUGGUUUUUACACUACGCGUAUAAUGGCGAGCUCGGCUAACUCGAACCCAGUGCCUAAACUCUAUAAGUCUGUAAUCGAGGAUGUGAUCAACGAGGUGCGAGAGCUCUUCCUGGAUGAGGGAGUGGACGAGCAGGUGCUUCUGGAGCUGAAAACGCUGUGGGAAAACAAGCUGUUGCAGUCCAAGGCAGUGGAGGGCUUCCACACAGAGGAGCAGGCAGCCCUGCAGGCCGCUCAGCAGCAGCAGCAGCAGCAACAACAACAACAACAGCAACAACAACAACAACAACAACAGCAGCAGGUCCAGCAGCUGGUUCAGCAGGUGCAUCAAGUCCAGCAGGUGACUCAGCCAGCACAGGUCCAGCAGGUCAUUCUGCCCCCCCAGCAGCAGCAACAGCAGCAGCAAGCUCCACAGCAACAAGUCAUCGUUCAAGAUUCCAAGAUGUUACAGCACAUGAGCGCAACGGGGAUGAGUGCAGCAGCUACAGCAGCAACCCUGGCUCUGCCCACGGGGGUCACCCCGUACCAACAGCUCAUCACCAGCCAAGGUCAGAUCCUCCAGGUGGUCCGCGCCCCCAAUGGGGCCCAGUACAUCAUCCAGCCCCAGCAGCAGAUCGUCCUGCAGCAGCAGAUGCAGCCUGGCAGUGUGCAGGCCCCGGUCAUACAGCAGGUAUGCCCCGUUAGACAGGUCCUGGCUCCCAUGCAGGGAGGCCUGUCCCAGCAAGGAGUCAUCAUCCAGCCGCAGCAGAUUGUCUUAGCUCCAGGAAACAAAGUCCAAGGCAACCCCCAGUUGAUGCAGGCAGCGGCUCUGGCUCAGCAGCCGGGUCAGGCAGCGACGGCUCAGGUCCAGCAGGUCCAGCAGGUCCAGCAGGUCCAGGGUCCAGCUGCCCCUCAGGUCCCAGCGCAGGCCCAGCAGCCUCCCAUGAUACUGCAGGCGGACGGCGCCGGCGACACCUCCUCGGAGGAGGACGAGGACGAGGAGGAGGAGUAUGACGAAGAUGAGGAAGAGGAGAAGGACAAGGACGGAGGAGAGGACGGCCAGGUGGAGGAGGAGCCGCUGAACAGUGGGGACGAUGUGAGUGACGAGGAGGACCAGGAGCUGUUUGACACGGAGAACGUGGUGGUGUGCCAGUAUGACAAAAUUCACAGAAGUAAGAACAAAUGGAAAUUCCACCUGAAGGACGGGAUCAUGAACCUGAAUGGGAGGGACUACGUCUUCUCCAAAGCUAUCGGGGAUGCUGAAUGGUGAAGUGGAAGAGGGGGGGAAAGCGCCCGGAGACAGGAGCAGGAACUGUAGCUCCCUCUGUCCAGUUAACAGACACUUCGAUGUCCUCCAGCGCCUGUAGCUGGAAGUGUUUCAGGAAACACCUUCUGAGUCUCUGAGAACUCUUGCAUACCAAAAACACUCAAACUGACCAUUCGGGAUGGUCCACCUGCGACCAGAGUCCCCUCGGCUUCUUUCCCCGAGAGCAUCCCCACGCGAUGGACACUGCGGUGCAGUGGACCAGGGAGACCUGAGCCGCUCCACACACCCCCCCCCUCCCCCCCCCCGAGGGUCAGAGGUCAUUCAUUACAACCCCGUAGAUGAGAACCACCUCUGUGAUGCACUGUAGUCGGUUGACUGGAUUGACUCGUGUCCAGACGUAGUGCCACCAGUCAGGAUCGCUGCCAGAACCCACUUCUGGCUUCUCAUUUCUGCUUUUGGCUUUUCGUGAUUCGUUCUUGUGAAACAGUGCUCCAGAGGGUUUUUAUAACAAUCUGUAAUUGUUUUAAACUUUUCAUUUUCCUUUUUUUUUUUUAAAUGUGUUUCCUAGAGAGUUAAGAUGCAUUACAAUUACAUUCAUUCUAAAAUACCUAGUUGUUUAAAGACAUUAUUUUAAUCUAAUGAGUGCUCGAUCCAAAAAUGUUUUUUUCCAUGUGUUCCUCUGGAGCUUCAUUCCAUCUUUAUUCGUAACAAAAAUAAGAGCCAAUCCAACACUGUAACGUGCACGUUGUGUGACGGUCCGUCUUAUUUGCGUCAGUUCAACCACGUGUUGUGAAAUCAGUCAAAUCCAUCAAACCGUACAAUAGUUCAACCUUUUGCGUUCUUCUUUUAAUUUAUUUUGGAUAAUUCCUCACAUGUUGUGUUCUUUUUGAGAGGCUGGAAAGCCGCACCAAACUGUGCUCUUAUGAUCUAAUAAGUGUUCCUUUUUUCUUUUCUUUUUGUUCCUUGUUGGACAAAGCUACAUAUCGCUGGGUUCCAGAUGAAGACGUCCACCGUGAGCUCUCCUCGCUUUUAAUUUUGUUCAUGGCUUUUAAAAGGAUAUUUUCUAUGAAGCGAGUUUAACUCGGGGGGGCCUGUGUGUUUCUCUGCAGUUGGUUUUUAGCGCCCCUGUAUCAGCAAUUCAAAAUAAAGUAUGUGUUUUUUGACUGUCGUGUGAAUUUGGUUGAUUGUUGCCAAUACGGAGUAUGUUUUUAAAGGAACUUCAUACCAAGGAAGCGCCGAUAAUGUGACCAAUGCUAAAGAAGCAGUGAAAUGUUUCCUAUCCUUCCCCCAUACGCAACCCAACUGAAAUACAAUCAUUUGUUUUACACAAACUACAAGUAACUGCAUCUUGAUUGAUUAAUCAUCACCCUCGAAGAACAAAUGCAGAUGUGCUAACAGAGGUUCCAACAUACUUUGGGUAGAGGACAAAGGAUGGCAUCCUGCGGUUCUUUGUAACGAAUAAGACGCGCUCACAGUUGCUUAUUUUGUGUUCUCCUUACUGUUGGAUGUAUCGUGUGCCUUUUUAGAGCUUUUUUUAUUUUUCGAUAUGAACAAAUGUGGGACGAGCUUAUGGAAGAGUCUACUAAAGUGUAUUCUCUUGCUUUCAGAAUGUUCUUGUGUGUGUUCUGCUGUUCCAAUAACGUAAAUGUAUUGUUCUCAUACAUCAUUUUUUUAUUAAAUCAAGUUUGCAACAGAA